AUGGGUAAUAGUAUAGCCAAAGAUCUAUGGCAAAAACUCAAAAAUCGAUUUUAUCAAGGGGAUGUCUUCAAGAUUGCUGAGCUCCAAGAGAAGUUGUUCUCAAUCAAGCAAGGUGAUCUGUCUGUCACUCAUUAUUUCACCAAACUCAAAGGAAUUCGGGAAGAUUUGGAAACUUUCAUACCCCUCCCACAGUGCAACUGCACACUGAAAUGCACCUGUGUUUUUGACACGGUUAGCAAUUAUCGAAAGAAUACUUUUGUGGUGCGAUUCUUGAGAGGCCUCAAUGAACAAUUUGGAAGUGCUCGAUCAAACAUUAUGCUCAUGAACCCUCUUCCCUCCAUUGAUUCUACCUAUUCAAUGAUGCUGCAACAGGAACGAAAACUCUUGGGCACUGACAUUGCUGAGCCGAGCCCUUUGUUGAGCACCGCUUCAUCUAACACUUUUCAGUCUCGAGGCAGAGGACACGGGAGAGGAGGUCGAGGCCGUGGUCCAGGUGGCAGAGGAAGUUCUAAGCUCUGUGCCUACUGUGGUAAAACUGGACAUCUCAUUGACACUUGCUACCACAAGUAUGGAAUACCUCCACAUCUUAAGAAACAGAACCAAAUCAAUAAUCUCACUACUGAGGAUGAUGAUUGCGGUGAACCAAUUAGCUUGUAUGAGAAUCAGGGGGAAUCUUCGCAUGCGAAGUUUACUUCAUAG